CUUUUUUUCGCUUUUGCUCAGAUUUGUAAUACAUUUCUUCUCCGCAUCCUCUCUCUGUCCACUGAACAUGAAACCCUAGAUUCGGCGAAUUGUGCAGCAUAGCGUUCGUUAAUUAGAUCAAUUCUCCAUAGCGCGCAUCCAGCUCUCUGCUUUACUGCGGCUCUCCGGUGUACGAGCGAGUUUGGAUUGCAGCGGUGGAGGACUGGAGGUGAUUGGGUUGCAGCUCUUUUGGCGCGGAAUACGGCUGCUAGACUCCAUGAAUGGUCAUCGGAAACAGGUGGAUUACGGUUCUUUGAAAUCUGGCUUUUGAUCUUCACUCUUCAGCUUUAGGUAGGUAGGUAGUAUUGAAUUCAGCAGUAGUUGCAUUCCAGAUGGGGGAAAAAAAUAGGAAAAGGCGCAGAGGGGAAGAAGAUAGUACUAAUGACAGAUUAAGUAGUCUUCCAGAGCCCAUUCUUUAUCACAUCCUUUCGUUCCUCGACACAAAAACUGCCGUUCAGACCUCGGUAUUGUCUCGGUCAUGGAACAGAGUGUGGAAACAUGUCGCUGUCCUCGACCUGAGCUGCCUUUCCUUUCGGCGGUAUAAACGUUUUCGAAGGUUCGUGUCUAAGGUUUUGUCUCUCCGCUAUAAGCUCAAUCUCCACAAGGUGACGGAUGGUUUGUCCCUCGAGAUGUUAGUAUAUGUGCGAAUAUGCUUUAUCGCAUGCUGCUCAACAUUUGGUGAUCAAUCUGCACAAUCAGUACACUGAUGUCUCUGAAAGUGACAGAUUUACGGAUUUGUUCGGCACAGUCUUGAACUGCAACCUCAAUACUCUAGAACUAAGAUAUGUCUGCAUCGACGAUGGUCUUGGAUCUUGUGGCUUCGGAAUGCUGACAACUUUAAGUUUGAAAUAUUGCUCACUGGCUUCUGAUCAACAUAACGACUUCUUUUCUAACUUUCCGUCUUUGAAGAAUUUGAUCUUGAGUUCCUGCGAACCUUUGGAGGACGGCCCUCUUAGUGGUAUGGUGCUCAAGAUAUCGGGACGCCAGUUGGUUAGCCUGAAAUUGGACGAUAUGAUUUGGCUCAAAGUGGAAGUAUUUUCUCCAAGGCUAAAAUUCUUCAGUCUUCGGCAUUAUUUGGGCGCCCUGCAAUCCACCAAGUUAAGCUUGCCUUCUCUCGAUCAUGUUGCUAUUAGUGUCGGUGACUGUAAUGACUUUGGUGAAGACUGGCAUUUGAAAGAUAACCGGGAAUGUGGGGCACAACGUUUCAUCUCCUUGUGCCAAGGUUUGACUAAUGCAACAUCUCUCAUGCUGGAUAACGCCACCAUCCAGGUAUUGAGUCAAAUUUCUGAGUUUCUGGAACAGCAACCCUCUCCCUUUGCAAGAUUGAAGUCCUUGAUCGUGAAAGCCGAGGUUGGCCAUGUACCUUACAAACUGGUCGAUUACUUUCUUAAAGGGUCAUCUAGCAUGAAACCAAACCUCGAGUAUGUGUAGCUCUAUUAUAAUCGAUUUUCUGAUAUAUCUGAUCGUGGUUCGCCAAUAGCUUAUUAUGCUUACUCUUCAGAUCAUUUACCAGUAGGUCAUGGGUUUGUCGAAGUAAUUGGUUUAAGCUGCUCAAAUUGAUUUGACUGGCUUAUGUACCCCAGGUCGGGUUGGCAACAUUGUCAGCUUGAGUGGGACUUAUGCAGACAGUACUUCAGCUUCGUAUUCUUGGUUUCUCAUCUUCUUCACUCCUUCCCCCUAGACUACUCUGUUUUUGCCUCAGUUAUGGACUUAGUACUUAUGGUACCAGCCUAAAUCAACUAUCUUAACAAACUCAUGACGCCUAUGUGUUAAUGUGAAAAUGGCAGAUGGAAUGCUUUGAAUGGUUGAUAUGUGCCAAUGUAACAGUACCUGAGUGGUUAUGUCCUUCCUAUGUUGUUUUGCUGCAUAUGGCCAUCAUAUAGAGCAUGGUAAUCGACUAUGGUAAAUCAUUAAGACUCCGAAGCUUGAGCUGCAGCGUCAAGUCGAAGAACGAGUUGCUUGUGCAUUUGUUUGUUGUUGGCAGUUUUAUUGUCUAAGUAACUAAGUUGGAUCCUAUUUCACUUGCUCUUUGGAAUGAAAUCUUUGAAGCGGCUUCGCUCUAUUUCUUUCAGGUAUACUUUUAGCUGGUCGAUGUAAAAUGGUUCAUACGAGGUAGUGUCGUGAAACAUUUUACCAGUCUUUGUUUCUUUGUAGCAACUAAAGAUGAUUUCUGGGUUCAUAUUCCAAGUGAUUGAAAUCAUUAGCUAACGAUUGAGUUGAGAAUAGUUGAGGAAUAAUCAGAUGCUAUAAAAAAAGGUUUAACUUCCAGAUUUAUUCUUGGUUUGUCAACUUCUUCGUGCUUUGUCCUUUGAUUUGAAGGGAAAGACCUCUCUGAAUUGUUUGUGUUUGCCAACCUAAAUGAGCUAUCUUCUCAAUUCUAACGUAUCCGGUCGAACUUUUAUCUCGUGGCACCUGCUCCAAAUUUAGCUGCAGUCUUUUCACCUUGAGAUUUUAUAAUUUUAAGUAACUUGCUCUAAACAGUAGGAAGCGUUUUAGCGUAUGAUUGUGCUGAUGAAGUUGGAAUUUCUGAAAACACAACUGUUGGAUGAUACUAUAAGCAAUUAGUAAAUUACUGUUCUAGCAAUAGCGGUUUGAAUGCCAGAAUCAAUGUUACAGGAACUGGGUCGUUGAUGACUAGUUGUGAUUGGCUUUCUUUGAUGGUGAGGAUAUAAUUAUAUCCACCUUUGAGCUGAUAAAAUCUAAUCUUAUGU